ACAGAAGAGCGACAGAGAUCGCAAUGGCUCGAAAGCGCUCACAAACGCGCCUGCUCCGUCAAGGAUGCGUGAAACUAUUCUUCUUUGUCCUAACGUUCAUCGCUUUCGCGGGACUGCAGUCCGUACUGCCAUAUGUCAGACCUGCAUGGGGAGCUCUCCAGGAAGGAACCGCGGGGGUUCCGGGAAUGGUCUUGGUGCUUGCCUUCCUCGGAGUGAUCCCUGUCGUGUGGAUCAUCCUUCUCGGCGUGGAUCAAGUACUCAGACGACUGUGCGAGGGCCAAAAGAGUCCUUACGCACUCCUGAGCUCAGACGAUGACUUCGAGGAUGUCGAAUUCGGUACUCAGUCCAAUGUGGAUUUCGGGGAGAAGCCGAUACGUCAGAAAACUGCGAGAUCUCCGCCGGAAAAGCCAACUGGAAGACGUUCAGCGCCACGUGGAGGCGGACGAUACGACGACGACGAGGGCUCGGAUAAAAAUCCGACAGAUGUUGACGUCACGGUGCACCCUGUUGACACGACUAUCGCAGCGGGUGGUGAGGCUCGAGUCUCACCGCAAUACAACGUUUCGCUGAUGAGCUUCGCGAACGACAGCCCCCGCGACGAGAAUUCGAAGCUAUUCUACCCUUCAGCUCCGUCGAUGUUGGGGGGACCCGCUUUCUUCAAGCGACAAUUUUGAAGAAUAUUCCUCCACAAUCACAUCAAUGACGGAACUAAGAUCGGCGGCGUGUGCCUCAUCAUGUCUCUCGUACCUCGGCCUAUCUCAUCUUCUCCGACCCCAUCUGCGUAUCUGGGAGAAACUAGCUUCGAAGAAGAGGAUCGCUCGCGCGCAUGAGUCUAUUAUAGUCUGGGUUCAGAAGGAGUUAUUGAUGCACCGCGACCCAACAUCAGGCCGAGGGCUUCAUAUAAAAAAAUCGUAUCCGACUGAGAGACGAAUGCACUGCGAUGAAACUCCGACAUCUUCGACAUCUAUCCCUCAUAAGAGAUGAUGCAUCGGUAUGAAGAUUCAUCUUUAUAUCCAGAUUGU